AUGGCGCUGCACGGACAUGAGGAAUAUGACAAUGACGACACAUCAUCUACAUUAACAGUGGAACAACCUACUACACAUAGUAUUACACAUUUCAAGUUCGAGAAGUUUGAUGCUACCAAAGAAACAUGGAAGUACUACUACCAAAGGUUUGAGUUGGAAAUAAUUGUUUGUGGAUUACAACACAAUCAAGAAGCUAAAAGAAUUUUACUUCUGAAAUGGAUUGGUGCUGAACAUUAUAGAAUUGUGGUUGAUAACUUUUAUCCAACACCUAUUUUAACAGUAGACUACGAGGAAAUUGUUGAGUUUAUUUCGAAUUUCUAUAAACCAAAAACAUCCUAUUUGGCCGAAAGACUAAAAUUUGGAAAAAUCGUGAAGAACAAAGAUCAAUCUAUACGCAUAUUUGUAAACAAAUUGAGAGCUGGUGCCACGGAAUGUGAGUUUAAAGAUACACUUGACGAAAGACUGCGAGACCAGUUCUUAUUGGGCUUAAAUGAUCCUAAAAUGCAAGAAGAGCUCAUCAGAAAACAUCCUGAGGAAAAAGCAAGACUUGUCGUCGACAUCGUUAAAGACGCCUACCUCAUGGAAAUGGCACAUUCUCAACAACAACAAAUAGAAACACUUGGGACAUUUUCAUGUGACGCACAGGUAAAUAAGGUAGGGGCUACACGAACUACUAACAAAAGGGACAGUACUAGAAUCAACUUGAAUCCUGAGUCACAGUGUUUGAGGUGUGGGUUAGCAAAACAUAAAACAGGUGAGUAUUGCAAGGCAAUGAAUAUUCAAUGUAGAGCUUGUGGGAAAAUGGGGCAUUUUGAACGAGUUUGUCUGAAAUCCAAUAAUGUCAUCAUUGAGAAAAAUCUUUCAAGACGUUUUGUCAAACAAAUUGAUAAGUUUGCUGGAAUGAGUGAUUAUAGUGGCAAUGUAGACUUUUUCCAUCAAAAUAAUGACGGAUGUCCUGACAUAUCUGAUGAGCUAGGAGCUGAGCCUCCCGGUUUGGUAAAGAACAUAAGUCAAAUUAAUAAUGUAGAGAAAUUUUGUUACGUUGUUCAUUUAACAAUAAAUAGGGUUCCAAUAACGAUGGAAUAUGACACUGCUGCUGCAAGAACUAUAAUUAGUAAAUCUACGUGGAAACAAAUUGGUGAACCGGCACUGACUCCUACGGAGGAGCUGGGUGCUUAUCCGUCAUUUAGGAUACCUAUGCUCGGCGAGACUAAGGUCGCUGUUUCGUUAGGUUCAACUACUUUGCAAUUAAGUGUUGCUGUCACUGACAGUGUUUCAGGGACACCUUUGUUUGGUAAAGAUUGGAUUGUAGCAUUUAAUCUAGAUCCUAACUGUGAACAUGUAUGUAAGCAAAAUUCUUAUAGCGUCAAUCAUAUUAACACGGACAUUAUAGACAAAGAGGGGGAGAAACGUAAGAUAUAUAAAGAAUUCAAAGACAUAAUUACCAAUAACCUAGGAACAGUAAAAAAUUUCAAAGCUAAGGUUAGAGUAGCUAAUGAUGUACAAUUGCCAAUACACAAACCGAGACCUGUUCCGUUUGCAUUACACAGUGCAACUAGCAAGGAACUAGAUCGUUUAGUGUCCUCAGGGGUCUUAGAACCUGUGGAUCCGGCUACGACUCCGAUCCUUUGUGCUUCUCCUUUAGUUGUUGUACCGAAGUCUAAUGGUGAGGUACGAUUAUGUGCAGAUUUCAAGGUAUCAAUCAACCCUCAUUUAAUCGAUGACGAAUACUGCAUCCCUACGUUUGAAGAAACAGUGCUUAAGUUGAAUGGUUCAAAAUUCUUUUCAGUUAUUGAUUUGAAGGAUGCGUAUCUACAGAUUCCAGUGGACGAAGAAUCAAAAAAAUAUCUAGUGGUAGCGACACAUAAAGGAUAUUUUACCUUCAAUCGAUUACCUUUUGGCAUUAAGACUGCACCUAAGAUUUUUCAAAAGCUGGUGGACCAAUUAUUAGUUGGUACCGAUGAUUGUGCGUGGUAUUUUGACGACAUAUGUGUGGGCGGUAGAAGUGGACCAGAACACAUUGAUAGGCUCAAAACAGUUUUAAAUAUAUUGAGGAGAGCAGGACUAUGCACGCGUGAAGAUAAACUACAGCUUUUCAAACAAAGUGUGACUUAUCUUGGGCACAAAAUUAGUGCUCUGGGUAUUCAGCCUGUUGAAGAUCGUGUAGAAGCUAUCAAGAAACAACCCCCACCAAAGAACGUUUCUGGGCUUAGAUCAUUUCUUGGAUCUGUGAAUUACUAUUCAAGAUUCAUUCCAAAUUUGCAAUCUCUUUGUUUUCCUUUACACAGACUUUUGCACAAGAACUCAACUUGGGACUGGAAUAGUGACUGUGAGGACGCAUUCAACCAUAUUAAGAGCAACAUUUCAAACAAUAUGGUACUUGUACAUUAUGAUCCUAAACUUCCACUUAUCCUUGCAACAGAUGCUUGCAAUAUUGGAUUAGGAGCAGUUCUCCUUCAUCGUUGUCCUGAUGGCAGUCAGAAACCAAUUGCAGCCGCUUCAAGAACAUUAAAUUCAGCAGAACAGAACUAUUCUUCUAUAGAUAAGGAAGCACUGGCCAUUAUCUUUGGUGUUGAGAAAUUCUACAAAUAUCUCUAUGGUAGACAUUUCACUCUUUUGUGUGAUCAUAAACCACUUGAACGAAUCUUUGGGGCAAAGCAGCCUAUACCUAAACAUGCCGCUUCCAGACUUGCAAGAUGGGCUAUUAUCCUCAGUGGAUACGACUACGAUAUAAACUACAGGGCUGGAAAAGAUAAUGUUCUGGCAGAUUGUCUAAGUAGAUUACCUUUAGAAGGAGGAACAAAUAUUGAUACGUAUCAGACGCUUGGUGAAGUAAACCAAGUAAGAUCUAUGAGAAUUGAAGAUUUGCCACUUACAAAACGUACGCUUCAAGAUAACACUCACAGAGAUGAUGAACUGAAACACAUUAUAUCCUAUUGUGUCAGGGGAUGGCCCGAUCGAAGUUCAAUUCCGGACAAUUUGAAGAUAUUCUAUGACAAGAGACAUGAACUAUCUUAUGAAGAGGGGAUUUUAUUGUGGCAAGAAAGAAUAUUAAUUCCCAAGUCCCUUAGAGGAGACGUUCUUAGUUAUCUCCACGUUUCACACCCAGGAAUAGUUGCCAUGCGAUCUUUGGCGAAGUUGUAUGUGUACUGGCCAAAAAUAGAUGAUGACAUUGAAAACUUAGUGAAAACUUGUACAAGAUGCCAAACAUUCAGGAAAAAUGAUGUGGAAACGCCACUCAAUUCAUGGAAUAUAUCGGAAAAUGCUUGGGAAAGAUUACAUAUUGAUUUCAAAGGACCUUUUGACGGAUACAUGUGGUUAGUGGUAAAAGACGCAUAUUCUCGAUGGUUGGAAAUAUUUCCAAUGAAAAACGCUACAAGCAACACUGUGAUAAGACGACUUCGUGAACUUUUCUGUAGAUAUGGACUUGUGAAACAAAUUGUUACUGACAAUGGAAAUCAGUUUGUCUCAGAAGAAUUUAGAGAGUUUUGCCGCAAUAAUAACGUGAUUCACAUCAGAACCACUCCUUACCACAGUCGUUCCAAUGGUUGUGUUGAACGAGUAAUUCAGACGUUUCAAAACAAGUAUCUCAUGAUUGACAUAAAUGAUCACGAGCAAAGACUCCAUACACUUUUGUUCUCAUACAGGACAACUCCACAUUCAUCGACUGGACGGACACCAGCUGAACUUUUCCUGAAAAGAAACCCAAGAACUUUGAUUGACACCCUAAGACCGGACGUGAAGGAAAAGAUGAAACAGUCGUCAGAACGCCAAAAGUUUUAUCAUGAUAUCCACUCUAAACGUAAAGACUUUAAUGCAGGUGAUAAAGUUUGGGUGAAACGGAAUCCAAAUGAAAUUUGGAGAGAAGGGGUAGUGUUAAGGAAAACAGCACCAUUGUCAUACAGAGUGAACAUUGAUGACAAAGAACACAGGCAGCAUGCCGACCAUUUAAGAACACGUCAACAAAUACAGCCUGCACAACAAUCUGUAACACAACAAACUUCAACACGCCAACAAAUACGGCCUUUACAACUAUCUUUUCAACAACAACUAACUAACUUCACCUUCAUCUGGUACUACAAACCAGAGAAAAUCAAGUCGGAAUAUAAGAAAGCCAAUGUAUUACCAUAA